GGAAGAGAAGAGAGAUGAGGAAGAGGAGAAGAAUAGCAACACAUGAAUCACCUUCCUAUGAUCGGGGGGGUGGCGUAAGCCAGUGAAUCCAGGAUCGAACCCUGGGCUUUUAAAAUCUAGGAGCAUACCCUGCGUUGACUCUGGGCUUCACAAAGUGCCCUAGAGCUCUGCGGGCUCAUCGGGGGUUGAAUUAUGGUAGGGCACCAGCUGGCAGCCCAACUUCUUAGCUGAUCUGCCCACUUACACACUUAAUGCGGCUCAGAGCCACCCGACGAGAGACGCAGAUGUCCCCCAGGCAAACUUGAGGGCUCGAAAGCUCUCUGGCCAAUCCACGGGUGCCGCCACCGCUCAAGGCCUGGGCCAUGACGACGGACAGGCGGGAUUAAUGCGGGCAGGCUGCCGAGUCGCGGGACAGCGGGCAGAGCAGCGGCCCUAAGUGAAGCACAGGCGCAAAUCUUGCGACGGAGCUCGUGAACGCUUCGGCGAGACUGUUUGUAAGUCCGGCCCCUUCGAUGAGGAUUGGGCUCUCAUCUCUGUCGGCGCACGGGCAGGCAGCUCGUGUACCGUGCCCGCGGCCGCGCAGGAGGCGCGCGAGAGAGGCCGCCCCGGCCGUGCUCCCCGGUGCCCGUCACUCCCCUCUGGAGCUUCGAGGGGAGGUCUCUCGCGCACGCCGCGAGGUGUGCGCGGCCAGCCGUCCGGAGGCAGCGUCUCCACCCUGCCUGUGCCAGCCGCUCGAGGGGGCCAGCAGGUACCCGAUAGUGGCCGACAAGGAGGAGGAGGGGGCUCACGGAGGAGGAGGGCCCACGGAGGAGGCGCGGCGGACAGAGGGAGCCGCAGCGCCCCACCCGCGGAGGGAGGGCAGAGCCAGGAAGAUGUCGGCACAGCUGCCGCGCUCGUGCGCGAGCGAGCGUGCUCACUGCCGCUAUACUCUCAGCGCGUGCGCAGUAGCAGUCACGCUCGCGGUGCAACACUUAUAACGUCGAUCCCCACUUAUAAUCUUAUAACGUCGGCAACAACACGCCGAUCAACUGGACAACUUAUCGGUAAACUCCGUGAAGCUCAGACUGCCGCCUUCGUUGUGCUCUAGUGCGUCAACAAUGUCCUGGAUCUCGGCACCGACGGCCUCGGAGAGGCGACAAUUGCGCAGGACGUGCAUCAGGUCCUUGCGAGAGAUGCGUCCGUCCCCGUUCCAGUCGAAGACAUCGAAGGCAUCCUGGCACAUGCCCUCCUUCAGGCGCGUGCUCCUGUCGACCGUGGCGGCCAAGAAUUCCGUGUACUCGAUGGUGCCGUUGCCAUCAGCGUCCACGCCCUCGAAGAUCUCCAGCAGCUCCUGGCGGGGCUCGGACUUCGCCCCCGACCUCUCGCAGCUCGGCCUGGGAGACCCGCCCGUCCCCGUCGCGGUCCAGGGCCAGGAACGCGCCGCGGGCGGCGCGCGCCUCGACGUCGUCCAGCAGCCCAGCGAGGACGUGGCGGGCCGCUCUCGAGAGCACGUCCGCGGACCGGAACCUCAGGGGACUCUCCACGAGGCCGCAGGGAAUGGUGCCCCUCUCCGCAUCUGCCCAGCACCUCAGCCAGUCGUCGCUGAGCGCCAGCGACGCCGUCGGCCGCCUCUGCGGAUCCUUGCACAGAAGCUUCGAGACAAGCGCCCUGGCGUUCGGGGACACUGGCGCCCAGUGCCUCGGGACGAAGCUGAAGCGCCCCCUCGACACCUUCUUGAGCACGCUCUGGUCGGAUCCGCCAGUGAAGGGCGGACAUCGAAGAACAAAAAACUGCACAGAAGUAGACUGUCGGUGCUCCGCGCGGACUUCUUGGAUCGGCGCUGGACCCCCUGGCGGCG